AUGGCCGCCUCAACAGAGAGGAAGUCAGCCUCCUGGUGGAAUUAUUUUUUCCUUUACGAUGGUUCCAAGGUGAAGGAAGAAGGCGAUCCGACGAGAGCUGGCAUUUGUUACUUCUAUCCUUCCCAGACCCUGCUUGACCAACAGGAGUUGCUCUGUGGCCAGAUUGCUGGCGUGGCCCGCUGUAUCUCUGACAUCUCCGGCGCUCCUCCUACCCUCAUUCGGCUGCGGAAACUGAAGUUCGCCAUCAAGGUGGAUGGAGAUUACCUUUGGGUGUUGGGCUGUGCUGUGGAGCUCUCCGAUGUCAGCUGCCAGCAGUUUCUGCACCAGCUCAUUGGAUUUUUUAACUUUUACAACGGACCUGUCUCUCUGGCUUACAAGAAUUAUUCUCAGGAGGAACUGAGCGCCGAGUGGGACACCUUCAUUGAACAAAUUCUGAAAAACACCAGCGAUCUGCAUAAGAUCUUCACUUCCCUCUGGAACCUGGACCGGACCAAAGUGGAGCCCCUGCUCUUGCUGAAGGCGACCCUCAUCCUGCAGACCUGCCAGCGCUGCCCUCACGUGCUAGCCGGCUGCAUCCUCUACAAAGGCCUGAUCGUGAGCACCCAGCUCCCGCCCUCCCUCACGGCCAAGGUCCUGCUUCAUCGAGCUGCACCUCGGGACCAGAGAAUACCCACCGGAGGGCAUGCCCUGCAGGAGCGUGGAGCCGUCCUGCCCCCGAACGUCCACGUCAUGCCUGUUUUCGUGACGGAGGAGGAAGCCGCCGGUCUCCAUGAGUGUCCAGGGGAGCCCGUGGCCAGCCCGCCCGCAUCUCCAGCCGGACUCCAGGGGCGCUCGGCUCGGCACCCUCGGAGGGGUGGCAGCCCCUCUGCCCUGAAAGAGGACAGGCACGAGGAAGCCGUGGCCUGGCCGUGGGCGGCCGCCCCUGAGCCCAGGCCCGCUGACGCCGCCCGGCCACGGGGCGGGGGGGAGCGUGGACACCUCUCCGACCGUGACCUGGAGGGCAUCCGGCCUGCAGACCCACAGGCCACUGCCAGGGGCCAGAGUCCUGGCCGCCGCCGCCCCCCGGGGGCAGUGACGGGGCACGAGGAGCUGGACUUGUCUGAGAUCCACAUUCCAGAAGCUCGGGAGACGCCCACAGCCCCCGGUUCCCCUGCCGUCUCCAAUGGGCGUGUCCCCGAUGGCGGUGGUCCUUGUCCCACGGAAUCUGUUAGCAACUCUGUCCACGCCGAACCCUCGGAGGCCCUGCCUGCGGGCACAGCCAUCGCCGGCCUCCCCUCUCCCUCCGCUCCCGACGCGCUCACCGGGAAUGGAGCCCCAGAGCAGCACGAAGACUUCCCUGGGGGCAGCAGCUGCGCCCCCGUCCUUAGGGGAGACCCCCUCCCCAGAAGUACAGGCAGGCCAUCGCCACCGCCAUCGCCGGAUUCAAGGCGGAGGGGAACUGAGCUUCCGGAGCGGGGAGAAGGCACAGAGCCGCGUGGGGAUGGGGCUCGGGAGAGCCGCCCAGCCCCCGGCCUGGGGUGCCCCUCGGGCUGUGCAGACCUUCCCGACCACAGCCCCUCCCCAGACAGCUCGGACCCCCGGGCAGCCCCAGCACCCCGGGGAGAACUGGUGCGCAUGAGCCUCUACACGCACAGCGUCAAAGGGCUGGUGCUGGCCCUGCUGGCCGAGGAGCCCCUGAUGGGAGACGCCGCCGCCAUCGAGGAGGUGUUCCACAGCAGCCUGGCGUCCCUGAACGGGCUGGAGGUCCACCUGAAGGAGACGCUGCCCCGGGACGAGGCCACCUCCUCCAGCAGAACCUACAACUUCACGCACUACGACCGCGUCCAGAACGUGCUGACAGCCAACCUGCCCCCGGUGGCCGCAGCCCAGGACCGCCGCUUCCUGCAGGCCGUCCGCCUGAUGCACGCAGACUUUGCCCAGCUGCCCUCGCUGUACGAGAUGACCCUCCGAAACGCCUCCACGGCCGUGUACGCCUGCUGCAACCCCGUCCAGGAAACCUACUUCCAGCAGCUGGCGUCGGCCCCGCGGACCUCCGGCUUCCCCAGCCCCCAGGACACCGCCUUCUGCCUCCCGGGCAAAGCCAAGCAGAAGCUGCUCAAGCACGGGGUGAACCUACUGUGA